GGUAACUACAAAUAUGGCAGCGCUUUUUGCAACACGUUGCUUAUUUAGAAGCUAUUCUCGGGUCAGAAAUGUCGAUCAAAAUACACGAGUACUUGUCAGAUGUAGCAGAAGGAUGCUGUGCAGUGCACCGUCUGACAGCAAUCGAUGUGCCUCGCAGAGGCACUAUGCAAUGCACCCUGGACUGAAGAGGCAGACAAGUAUGAGAGUUGUGGUGGUCCCACCUGUUAAAUUACACAUUUCUCAAGGUUCUCCAGAUGCCCAUGUGAAGCCCCAGUUUUUGGAUGCAGAGGUGCAGGACAUCCUAACCAGAAUCACAGGCUUGAACCUGGAGAAGGUGUUCAGACCCAUCAAACAGGAGCUGAAGCCCCCCAAGUACAAACUUAUAACAGAUGCACAGUUGAAGGAGGUAUGGACACACACACAUACACAUGUUAGGGCAGAUAGUUUGUCUAUCAUGCGGAGUAGGGAAUGGCUCUACAACAUCUGCUGCAACAUUCUGAACAUUUAA